GUACGAUAUAAUUUAUCAUGAUGUGUGCUAUAUGAGAUCGAAUGCAUCCUCAAAGUCUUGGUGAUCUCGGGAAAGCGCGUCACCCGAGCCGGUCGCAGCCUCUUCGUUUGAUUGUGUACAGAGAUGGACACAAAUGAUAUUUGUAUGCUCUCCGAUCAACAAUCAUUUUUGUCAGGUGAAAAAGGCCCCAAGAGAAUUGUGCAACUGUCGCUUCUCAUGGACCUUGAGCGAGUCAAUCUCCAGUUCUCAUGACAGCCACUCGAUCGGGGCAAAGUCCUUCCCAUCAAUCUCGAGAACCUAGGCCCCCAAUGUCCAAAAUGUACGCUCACAACCCCCGGUAAGAAAGGCGCUGGCAGUAAGAAGGCCUUUGAAGCUGGCCGCAGUAUCAUAAAGCGGGCGUUGGCACAAUUGAUUUUUGAUACGAGUACUGUUAGCUGUUUGCCCAUCAAAAGUUCUUUGCCCCGAAGGCAUAUACCAGGAGAUGCGGAUUGUCGCUACUUCACCUCUACAUGACUGAAUACCGCAAACACCCCCAGCUUUGUCGGUGGCUUAAGCGCAAAACGCCUGGAACCCAACGCACGCUGACUAUCUACCCUCUUUCUACGACACUCUUAAAGCCAAUCCAGUCGACUGCUACAUUCUUGAACAUCACACAUUGAUUUCCGAUAGCAGUGGAACAGAAUGCCAUCCAACUCCAUAAUUUACUUGAACCGCUACAACGCGUUCGCGCAAUCUGACGCAACACCCGCCUCGAUUAGCAACAUUGACACGCGGCCUCAUACUCUGUCCACGACCUCAGCCUUGACCCAUUUUUUUCUGCGCUCCCUUGGCCGAAUUCUGCUGCUGUUGUUGAUCACUACGACGCCUUUCGAUAAUAAGAAGACAGUUGACUGUGCGUCCUGCGUGUCCCGGGGAGCGGCAGAGUGUGAUAUCGGUUGUGCAUAUUUGGUUUCAAGUCCGAAGGUGUUCCCGGUAGUACUACUGUCCUCACGAAAAGCAGCCCUCUCAGGUAUUUACUCUUGGUGGAUAUGUACCGCCUAAGUGCUUGAGACGAAUUCAUUCAAGCUAUCCGCUUCUUGUCCUGCUAUUUCAUUCAGGAACCAAGAAGAGUGCUGAUCAUGGAGGACUACCAAGCUCAUUUGGCCAACGCUGCUAUCUACUGCAUCUGUCACAUGCACAGGUAUUUGCAACGGAAAACGUCAAACCUGGCAGGAGGCGAGCAGGAUCACCAUUGCUGAAUGCCCCUGAUGUUGAUGGGUUUGCCUUCGUCAGCGUCACGCUUGCCCUGCACGACAUCCUUGACAAAGUUACCGCCGAUGGCAGGGUCGAGAGCACCGAUCUAGAUUGGAAAAAUAAGUCAGCUUGAUUCGAGAUAUGUGGGAGAUGGUGUCCUGCAGGGUUGAAGCUUACCUGCGUUAGUUUUUCUGGUCCAAUUCCCGCAAGGCCGGUGGCCAAAAAGCCCGGGGACACAGCAAACACCUUGACUCCAUCGUUCUUAAGCCAGCGAUACCACUGUCGCAUCAUCAUGUUGAGGCCGACCUUGGAGCUGCGGUAGGCUUCGGUUGGGUUCAACGUGUGCGGCUUCGGCCAACCGGCCGGAGGGUAGGCGUUAAUUGUCGCAUAGUUGGCGUCCAUGCGUUCCGUGUCGGCCAGGACUGAUGUGCCGCUAGUCAUGAAGAGGAGACGAGGCUUACUCGACUUGAGUAACAGCGGAACAAACAGCGUUGUCGUGACAUGCGCCCCCGUCACGUUGACGUCCCAAGUCCUGUUCCAACCAUCGCGGAGACCGAGCUUGCCAGCCUGGAUUUCCCUGUCGACGCCGACACCCGCGUUGUUGAUAAGUACGUCUAGGUUGCCAAAGUUCUGGUUCACGUGGUCCACGGCGCCCUGGAUCGACGAGUCUGAGGUGACGUCGAUCUGCACGGCACUGAACUUGCUGUGCGAGUCUAGGAUUUCCUUUUGGAGCCGAGCCACCGCCUCUGCCCCUCUGGCCAGCUCCCGACUGCCGAUGAUGAUGUUGUACGGGGCCGCGUCUUUCGCGAGCGACCUUGCGAUCUCCAGUCCCAAGCCGGCAUUGCCUCCAGUGAUCAGGACAACCUCGCCAGACAUGGUAGCGCAGGUGUACAAAAAUUGACGCAGAGUUUGGGACCUCGAUAUGGAUUGAGUGAUGGUAUUGCUACGUCUGCUGGAACCAAAAUUCGAGCAACGACUCUUGGUUCUUAUAUACUUCAGUAUAUCGUCGGUCUGCGGUUGAUCACAUCCAGACGGAUGUUCGGAGAUAAUGGAUCUGGCUUGUCGCUGCCUCUUUAGGUUGGUAGACACCGUAAUGGCUUCCCAAACGAGACUACGGUACGGUAAGUAAUGCUACCACGCAGCAGGGUAAUGGAUACUAGUAUGUAUCUCGGCUUGACUUCACUAACAAAACCUGUUCGAGAUUACUGAACGUUGUCACGUCUUUGACUCGGGGCACGGACUCUGUUCAAGUCGUUCAAUGUGUCGGCCCUGAUGCCGCGGAAUGGUCGGCUAUUACGGAUCGGGAGCAUCGAAGCCUUUUUUCCACUCCUUUUUCUUGGACACUAGGAUUAUGUACCGAAUAUGGGGUCCGGGGUAGAUGCUUCACGAGAAUGUGCUAGUAUAGCGACUUGAGUAUCUCUCCUGGCGUCUAUGUAUAUAUGUGAACCUCUCAGCCAAGAGCGACAUCUUUGGCCAACUUCGAAGCAAUGGCGCAUCAGGCUCCCACCCCGCUGCAGAAGAACUUUGCUGACAUGGAUGUUGAGAACGAUGGGACUAGACAUGUCGAGGAACGGAUUGAAAUUGUCGAAGAUCAAGACCAGAUCAAGGACGGUGUCGUCCUCUUGAUGGCCGAAACUCGCAAAGCUGAUGGCGAAGCUGGUGUCAACGCAAACAUCAAAUUUGCCAACGAUGGCAAGACUAUCCUCGUCCCUCAACCGUCUGGAAACCCAGAAGAUCCGCUGAACUGGUCCUCGUUCAAGAAGCAUAGCAUUCUGCUCAUGGUCUCGUUCGGGGCCUUUUGCGGCGAUUUUGGAGCCGCAGGCGGCAUUCCUGCCAUCGGCCUCAUGUCUGCCGAGUGGAACAUCUCCAUCCUGCUUGCUAACUCGCCCAACAAUAUUUCAGCGCUCAUGUGCGGCGUGUCAGGGGUGUUGUUCAUGCCCCUGCUCAACUCCUGGGGCCGCAUUCCCGUCCUAUUUUGGACCACCUUGAUUGGUGCCGGAUUCACGCUGGCCGUCUGCCUAACGCACGACUUCAACGCAUUCUUUGCCAUGCGAACCUUGCAGGGCCUUUUCCAGAGCGCGGGCCAGACGAUCGGCCUAGCGUUCGUCGAGGACAUGUUCUUCUACCAUCAGCACGCCCGAAAGAUAGGCAUCUGGUAUUCUAUAUUCAUCACGUCCCCGUUCCUGUCCCCACUUUUGGGCAACUUCAUCGUUGCUAAAACAGGCACCUGGCGUCCGAUCUUCUGGUGUAACUUUGCCGUCGCGGCGACCUUGACCCUCGUAAUUUUUUUCUUCGGCGACGAGACCUACUACCGUCGCAGCAUUCCUGUGGAGCAGCAGCGCAAACGUCCAUCAAGUCAACGCCUCCUCCGUGUCCUGGGAGUCUGGCAACUUCGCGAGCGACGGGGUAAUUUUCCCACUGUGAUGCACACGUACAUGCGGCUGCUCGAGGUGUUCUGUAAGCCCGUGAUCCCACCAACGAUGCUUGCCUACAGCAUUGUAUUCAUGUGGUUCAUCGGUAUUACGACCUCUUCAUCAAUUCUGCUAUCGACACCCGAGUCGCUCGGCGGCUACGGCCUCAGUACGCUAAGCUUGGGCUACUGCUUCUUCACACCCAUCGUGGCCGUCUGUUUGGGCGAGUUGAUAGGGCAUUUCUUCAACGAUGCGAUGGCGAAUCACUACACAAAAACCCACCGUGGUCGCUUUAUGCCUGAGGUGCGCCUGCGAUCGACGUACAUUGGUGCAAUCCUCAUGGUUCCUGGUCUGGUGGUCAUCGGCCAGGCCCUUGCCCACCACCUCACCAUUGGCGCCAUCAUCAUGGGCUGGGGCAUGUAUACCACUGGUAUCAUGAUAACUUCCGUGGCCACUGUCGCCUGGGCUUUAUCCUGCCAUCCUUCUGCCUCUGGGGAGGUGUCGGCCCUCAUCAAUUUCGGUCGUGUCGCCUGUGGAUUUUCCGUCUCGUACUUUCAGCAGCAAUGGGGCACCACAGAAGGUUUUGACGUCUCGUUCGGUAUCCAGGCCGCUACUACCGUCGUUGCCUUCCUGAUAUUCGGCUUCUUGCAGGUUUUCGGGCCCAGACUUCGUGCCUGGGCGGGGCCCGUCUCGCACAUUAUCGUCUAAGCUCGCGAAGGAGUCUGGGUAUCUGUAUACAAGCCAAUUGAAGGAGUGAUGAGAAUAUCCUUCGGGGUCAAUAUGAAGAAGAUCCUCAAAGAACUGCUCUUAAUGUGACUAGGAAAGAGACAGACUCAUCAAAUUCAACGGGGCUUCACUUUAGGUUUAUGAGGCACAGUCUGAUACUCUGUACAUGUAAGAUGUGCAGCCUACGAAAGCAUGCUAUCUUGAGUAAGGCUCUGAGGCCCAGGAAUGCGCAGUGACUCUCUCUACCAUUCACUUAUUAGGCUGUAUGUCUGCAUGACUUGUGUACAGUUCCCAGGCUCAGCACCAUUUAAUCUCCAAACGGUGCCCAAUAAUCUCACCAUUGAACCACUCCUUCAUUUUGAUCUGAUGCUGGAUCGUCGUGGCCCCCUCGAGAAUAUUACUGGCGGCAACGACGCGGACGGCCUCGUGAAUCUCUU